CGUCAUAUCAGUGUGUCCAGUGUCUCUGCGAGUCUCCUGCUCAUCUGGAUCACAGCUGGAUUCUGGUCUGGAGCUCCAGUGCUCGGUUGGGGAAGCUACAAAGAUCGUGGGUACGGGACGUGUGAGAUCGACUGGGCCAAAGCAAGCUACUCGAGCGUGUACAAGUCGUACAUUAUCUCCAUCUUUGUCUUCUGCUUCUUCAUCCCGGUGCUCAUCAUGCUCUUCUGCUACGUGUCCAUCAUCAACACGGUGAAGCGAGGAAACGCCAUGUCCGCAGAGGGCGACCUGACCGACCGCCAGAGGAAGAUCGAGAGAGACGUCACCAUCGUUUCCAUAGUGAUCUGUACGGCCUUCAUCCUCGCCUGGUCUCCUUACGCCGUGGUGUCCAUGUGGUCAGCCUGGGGCUUCCAUGUGCCCAACCUCACCAGCAUCUUCACCCGCCUCUUCGCCAAAUCAGCCAGUUUCUACAACCCCCUCAUCUACUUCGGACUCAGCUCCAAGUUCCGUAAAGACGUCACCAUCCUGUUGCCCUGCGCUCGUGACGCCAAAGACACAGUCAAACUGAAGCGCUUCAAGCCAAAGGCCGACGGCCGCGCUGCAGCAGGAGGAGGAGCCAGACUCAAAGUUCCUCUUGACCAAACAGAGAAGAAGUACACCCCCGCGUACCAGGCCAAACCCAGUCCACCCUGCACGCCACCACCCGUCAACAAAGAGGUGUUCUUCAUCGACCUGCCGAGGCCGUCUGAGGCCGGCUCCGAGUACGAGUGUGACAGACUCUGAUGGACACACCUCAGGACAAGUUGCUGCUGGUCGACCACAACGUGAACCCUUGGGAUGUGAACACGUGAUCAGAUGUUAUUGGAUUUAAAUCACAGACAGAGAGAAUAUCUAAUAUUCUGUCUGUUACGUCUCAAACUUCAUUCACACUGAAAGUUUUUAUAGAAACAGUAGAAAAACCAAACACGUUAACGGAAGAAAUGUAAAUAAAAUGUUGUUUAUUGAUUUGUAUUAUUUGUAUUAAAGUGUAAAGAGGAGGGGUCAAAUACAUUUGAAUUUGGUCUCAUGAUUAAUUAAUGAAGAAGAGGGAGUUUUAAUAUUUGCAUUGU